AUGCAUCAUAAGCACGUCUACGCAGAAGUCUCCGAUACUGACUCUGAAGAGGAGUUUUAUCACCGCAUCCACAGAAGGCCUCGUGAUAAUGUUAUCAUCAAGGAAAAACAACGGCCUCGUUCGGCAUCCGAAGCCCAUCGACGCCGCGGCGGUGAUACCCAGGUCUAUAUAGAUAUCACAAACGAUCAAGGGUUGCAAGGAAACACCAAACUCACACCUCCUCAGGUUCCUCUCGGUCGGGCUAGAUCUGUCUCUCGCCGACGUUCUGCACUAGCUGAAGAAUUGAGUGACCUAGAAGAUGACAUCGUUCGCGAGCGUAGGGCUAUACGCCGACUGGGUCGUGAAGAGCCAUCCCGACGAUCUGAAAUUGAAGCUGAGAUCCGGCUAGAGAGAAUUAGGCAGCGGGAGCGGGAACUAGAGGAAAUGAGAAAAGAAGAAGAUCGCAUACGUCGCGAUGAUGAACGGCUCCGCCGUGAAGACCGCAUACGCCGUGACGAACGUGAGCGGAUCGAGGCGGGCAGGAAUAGCCAAAACCCCCCAGCGCAGUCACAGCCACAGCCACAGCCACAACCUCAACCACAACCUCAACCACAACCUCAACCUCGGCCUCGUGAGGAGACCGAAUUGGAGCGGGAAAUCCGCAUUGCUAAGGAGGAAGAAAUCAGGAGUCUAAGACGAUGGAGGAAAAUGCAGGAAUACAAGGAGAUGCAGGAGAUGGGACGGUCUGAGAAACGACCUGAAAAUGAGGACCCCCCCUUGACCCGACGAGAAAUCGAGAAGGAGAUACAAUUCGAGAGACUCAAGAAGAUGGAAAAUGACGAGAUUGCCCGACGAAAGCUCGAAGACGCUCUCCUCAUUGAGCGAAUGAAAGCUCUGGAAACGGAGCGAGAAGAAAAGGAGCGCGAGAGGAAAAUCCGUGAAAAGGUGGAAGCCGAAAUCGCCCAGAGAGAGAGGGAUGAAAUGGAGCGACUACAGAAGGAGAAGAAACUAAAAGACAGUGCUGUCGAGGAAUACAAGAAGAAGGAGGCAGAGAGGGAGUUGAAACAACGUGAAGAGGCUGAAAGGGCCAAAAAGGAGUUCAAUGACAAGGUUAACCAGUUGCUCGGUACUGUUGGUUUCUCAGAAGACAAGAUUGCUGCUAUAAUGCAGGGCAAAGCCCCCAAGGAGAUGGAGAUUGUACAGGUUGAAAAACAUGUCCACCAUAGCAAAUCUAGACCUGAGGAUGAUGAAGAAGCAUUUGUCAAGGUACAUCGCCGCUACCUUGAGGCUCGAACCCUCGACGCAUUCCAAUUGACAUGGGAAUAUGAUCCCAACGAUGCCGACUACAUGCUUAUCUACCACACUCUCUGUCAAGAAGAGCAAGACAGGCUCUUUGAGCAUACGCGAAAACUACGUGAACAGCGUGUGCUCACUGCUCCUCCUUCACACAGCGGCCCCUCCAUGGUUGAGAUGAAAGUCAACGAUAAGAAGAAAGAUGGUUUGUACCUGGUUAGGAAGAAGACUGAUAGAAGAGGCUUGUUUUGGUAGGCGGAUAGAUAUGUGAUAUGAGUUGCCU